GACUCAGGUCAGGUGAACUUUACGACGGUAGCUCGCUUUGCUAGCCUAGCUGUUUUUCGUUGGUGAGUUGAAGCAAACGGAAGGAAAUUCUUAUAGUUUUUAGGAAUAUUCGUGUCAGUUUCACCAACAGGAGGUGAAGUGAAGAGGAGGACUCUGUCUCUGAGGAUCUGGUUSAACUUGUCACCUCUUUAAAAACAACCUGCCGUUCGUAAACUUGGUCGAAGCAGCGGAGUUCAAUGGCUGAAGGCUACUCAGACCCACCUGAAUUCAGUCCAGAUGUGACAGCACAUCAAAACAAAUCUAGAAGAGGAGGACCCAGAUACAACAAUGAUCGAAACCUGAGUAGUAAGAGCUACGAGCCAUUUCAGCAGUCCGGAAACCUUCAUCAGGCCUUUAAACACCCAUUUGGCCAAAGCGGUUUAAAUAACCCAGAGAAUAACCCUCCUCCUCAUCAAGGAGAGGAUCUAUUCAGAAGGAGGGGCAGAGGUAGAGGAAGGAGAGAAGGAAAUAGAAGUCUAAAUGGAAAUUUUGGUGGUUCUGGCUCCUGGAGGCACAAAUCUGGGGCUGAUUUUGGCCAGUAUGAUGCGAGUAAUAGGUACAGACACGGCUUCCAGACAUAUCCCAUGGAUGGACCUGAAGGACCCAGCUGGAGGAGAGAAGGCAUAAAUAGAGAUUUGGAGCCGACCAACCUGGAGCAGGGUGCUCACAUUAAGAAGCCCAGGAGUGCUGGCCGGGAGCAGAGGAGGGGAGAACAGACUGAGAGGAAUGAUCAAACAAAGGAGAACCACACGACUGCACCGGGUCAUAGGCCACACGGUGCCAGAGAAGAAAAACACCCAGUUUCAGAGAAGAAUGAGAGAACCCCACAGAGCAAACCCGGUUCCAAACCUCAACACUACGAUCACCAGAACAAACACGACGACGUGAAGCGGCGGCACGGACCCAUCAAACCGCCUAAACCACCUGCUGGAGAAGAGGCGAGCUCAGAGAGCGGCGCUGCUGACCGGGUUGACUCUGACCGGAUCAGACCACCUCAGGAUCCUGGCUGUCAGCCUGGAAGAGGCUCAGGACCACACAGACCCUUUCAGAGCAAAGUGGGGAGAAGAACGAACUAUUCGAACAACAAACAGGGUCUGAGGAGCUCAGAGAAGAUGCCCAAGAGCAAAGAGACACAGACAGGAUGUCUGAUUGAACAGCUGUCCGAGGAGAAAUACGAGUGCAUGGUGUGCUGCGACGUGAUUCGGCUCAUGGCCCCGGUGUGGAGCUGCCAGAGCUGCUUCCAUGUCUUCCACUUGAACUGCAUCAAGAAGUGGGCUCGGUCCCCGGCCUCACAGGCAGACGAUUCAGCUGAAGGUUGGCGUUGUCCAGCUUGCCAGAAUGUUGCUCUGAAGCAUCCGACCACCUACACCUGCUUCUGUGGUAAAGUGACAAACCCUGAAUGGCAGCGCAGUGAGAUUCCCCACAGCUGUGGUGACAUGUGUGGGAAGAAGAGGAGUGGAGUGGACUGCAACCACCCCUGUAACAUCUUGUGUCACCCUGGACCUUGUCCUCAGUGUCCUGCAUUUGUAACCAGAUCCUGCGUCUGUGGGAAGACGAGUCAGCCAAUGCGCUGCGGCCAGGCUUCAGCGCUCCAGUGUGACAAAGUGUGCGGCGCCUUACUCAACUGUGGCGAACACACCUGCACGCAGGUGUGCCACAGCGGCACCUGUCAGCCCUGCCAGCUGCAAGUUCAGCAGACUUGUUACUGCGGAGUCACGACUCGUACGGUCCCUUGUGGCACCGAUAAAGAGGCGCUUCACGGCUCAGGACAUUUCUCUUGUCAAAAAGUUUGUUCAAAGAUGCUGAGUUGUGAGGCCCACCGCUGCCUGGAGCUGUGCCACCCCGGGCCGUGCCAGCCGUGCCCCCGCUCACCCAGCCUGGUGAAGACGUGCCCCUGCGGUCAGACCCCACUGGCCAAACUCCUGGAGCUGGGCUACUCUGAACGACAAACCUGCUCCGAUCCCAUCCCUUCUUGUGGAAAGACGUGUAACAAACCGUUACCUUGUGGCUCCAAUGACACCAUCCAUUUGUGUCAGAAUUUAUGCCACGAGGGCAGCUGCGGGCCGUGCUCUUUGACCUCAACCAUCAGGUGUCGUUGUGGCUCCAAGACUAAGGAGGUACCGUGUGCUAAAAUCCAAAAAGAAGAAGAGCUCGUGUUCACGUGUGAGAAACGCUGCAACAAGAAACGCUCCUGUGGUCGACACAAGUGUGGAGAACUCUGUUGUGUGAACGUGGAGCACAAGUGCUCCCUGAUCUGUGGCUACAAGCUGAACUGUGGCCUCCACCGCUGCCAGGAGGUUUGUCAUCGUGGAAACUGUGAACCCUGCUGGCAGUCCAGCUUCGACGAGCUGACGUGUCACUGCGGGCUCACUGUGUUGUACCCACCGAUCCCCUGUGGCACAAAGCCCCCUGAGUGCAAAAACAUGUGCACAAAAAGACACGAGUGUGACCACCCAGUGUUUCAUAAUUGCCACAGCGAYGACAAAUGCCCCCCCUGCACCUACCUCGUUCAGAAAUGGUGCAUGGGAAAGCAUGAGCAACGCAGCAACAUCCCGUGCCAUCUGCAAGACAUUUCCUGUGGUCUGACGUGCAACAAGCUGCUGCCCUGCGAGAUGCACCGCUGCAAACGGCUCUGCCACCGGGCCGAGUGUCUGCCUGAAGGCGGCUGCCAGCAGCCCUGCACGCUGCCUCGACCCGACUGCGGCCACCCGUGUUCAGCUCCCUGCCACAAAGGCAGCAGCUGCCCACGCACCACCUGCACUGCAAAGGUAUCUCUGCAAUGUAGCUGUGGUCGAAAAAAGGAAACUGUUGCCUGCGCUGAAGCUGCCAGCUCAUAUCAGAGGUAUGCAGCCAUCACCAUGGCCAGCAAACUGUCAGACAUGCAGCCCGGRGAGUCUAUGGACAUCGGCCCGCUCCUCACCAAGAAGGAGCUAAAACAGACAAGGCUUGAAUGUGAUCAGGAUUGUGCCACUUUGGAAAGAAACAGGCGUUUAGCGGAGGCGCUACAGAUAGACUCUUCUUCUGACCCAUUCAAUGUUCGCUCCACCUCUGUGUACAGCGACAGUCUCAAAGAUGAUGCCAGAAAAGACCUGAAAUUUGUCUCCGAUGUAGAAGAAGAGAUCAAAAAUCUUAUUGAGCUUGUCAAUAAGGGAAAACAGCCAAAGAGGAGCUUCUGCUUCCCACCGAUGAACAGAGAGCACAGGAAGAUCGUCCACGAGCUGGCGGAGGUCUACGCCGUGGAGAGCGUGAGCUACGACAGCGAGCCCAAACGCAACGUGGUCAUCACAGCCCACAAAGGGAAGUCUUCCUGUCCUAACUCAACCCUGACAUCAGUGAUAGAGCGGGAGACGACUGUGAGGGCCCCGCCCCCCAUCGCUCAUAUCAAACAGACCAGCAGCAAGGCUGCGAGUGGAAGCACCUGGUCUAAGAUGGUUAAAGAAGAUCCUGUGAUCGAUUAUUUUGAUGUUCAGGACUGAAAUAAAACUAAAACCCCUCAGAGCUYCUUAAAAUGAUGACAAAUCUGAGACAUGUUCUGUUGUGUUUUAACAUUUAAUUAUUGAUUUGGAUUUGUAAUCAGCUUGUGUUUAGAAAUUUGCAAAGACGUGAUUAACAGCCGGCUUGAAUGUUUAGAUCUUUUCCCAGUUUGAGAAAGAAUCACAGGAAAAUCUCUUCAGUUAAAAGUAAAUUCUUUACCAGCUGAAAAUGUUGACGGUGAAAACUGUAGACGUGUCUUUGCUUUUAAAGUUCUCAAAGUGUCCAGAGCUUUAUUUUCAACCAUAAAUGAUCUUUUGUUCUUUCUGCUGGUGCAGAGCCAAGCCUCCUGUUAUAAACCUGAGCUGAUGGAGGGAGUGGGCUGCACUGCGGAAAGAAAGCUCUGUCUGAGAGCGCAGCUUUGACCCAGUUUGUGUUCUGCACUUUCUUUUUUCUGAAAACUUCCUGAGUAAAAGUGGAAAUUAUCAGGUCAGAGUGGGAGAGACUUUCCUAAGGACACUUCACUUUCCUAGCUGUUGRGAGGUAUUUGAGAGUUAAGAGACUUUGUUUUGACAGGAGAUAGACCCUCUGAGAUGAGGCGACACUGAAAGACGUGUAGGUUUUACAGUCAGCUCAGGUGGUUGGGGUGCUCACCUGAAAUGUAAUCUGUCAUCAAAUGCAAAUAAAUCAGAAAACCAAACAAAAAA